GUGGUCUCAAAACUCAUGAUUUCAAGUGAUCCACCAGCCUUGGCCUCCCAAAGUGCUAGGAUUACAUACGUGAACCACCACACCUGGCCUAUUUGGGUGUUUUCCUAACAACAGUCAGUAAUCCCUGGCUACACCUGUUUUUUGUGUGUGGCACUGCAGCCUCUCUGCUGCUGUAACAUUUAGCUUUGGUGUUAUUCCAAAGUAUACCACCAUUUCUUUCAGCACCAUAUGUCAGAAGAGCCAGAAACCAGUGUCUAGAAAGGCCCUUAGAAGCAAGUAAUAAACAUAUAUGUGCCAGUAUUUUACUUGUCUUUUAAAAAAGAAACCAUAAGUUGGCAGUUACUUGGAAAGGCACUAUGUUAUAUUGGGGAGCAGGAAGAGCUGUGUUGGGUAAAUGUAACAGACUUUUCUUUUUCUUGUCUGUCACUCUCUGUUGUGUUCAGCUGGGGUACUUCCCACACUUCACUCAUUUAUAAAUUUUCCUCAGAUGUAUUUUUGUUAUGUUUUUGUUACAUUUACAACAAGUCUAUAGAAAAUUAGGACCUUUGGUAUUUUGCUGUGCCAUCUUGUAUAUGUAGUUUGUAUAAUUUUAUGGGUUAGAUUUAUAAAGUAUAUUUGUCUGAGUCUAGUAAAUGGGGCAAUUUAUUUUUCUUUCAGUUAUAUACUCUCAUUUUGCCCAAGACCUUUGGCCAGAGCAGGGCAUAAAAGAUUCUUUCCAAGAAGUCAUAUUGAGAAGAUAUAGAAAAUGUGGACAUGAAGAUUUACAGUUAAGAACAGGAUGUAAAAGUGUGGAUGAGUGUAAUCUGCACAAAGAAGGUUAUAAUGAACUAAACCAGUGUUUGACAACUACCCAGAGUGAAAUAUUUCAAUGUGAUCAAUAUAUGAACGCCUUUUAUACAUUUUCAAAUUCAAAUAUACAUGAGAUAAGAUAUACAGGAAAGAAACCUUUCAAAUGUAAAAAAUGUGACAAAUCGUUUUGCAGGCUUUUACACCUAACUCAACAUAUAAGCACUCAUACCAGGGAGAAUUCUUACCAAUGUGAAGAAUGUGGUAAAGUCUUUAACUGGUUCUCAACCUUUACUAGACACAGGAGAAUCCAUACUGGAGAGAAGCCCUACAAUUGUGAAGAAUGUGGCAAAGCCUUUAGUGUAUUAUCAAACCUUACUAGACAUAAGAGAAUUCAUGGUGGAGAAAAACCCUACAAAUGUGAAGAAUGUGGCAAAGAUUUUAAAGAGUACUCACACCUUACUACACAUAAGAGUAUUCAUACUGGAGAAAAACCCUACAAAUGUGGAGAAUGUGGCAAAGCCUUUAGGGUACUCUCAAUACUUACUAAUCAUAAGGUAAUUCAUACUGGAGAGAAACCCUACAAAUGUGAAGAAUGUGGCAAAGCUUAUAACUGGUCCUCAACUCUUAUUAAACAUAGGAGAAUUCAUACUGGAGAGAAACCCUACAAAUGUGAAGAAUGUGGCAAAGCUUUUUACCUAUCCUCACACCUUACAUCACAUAAGAUAUUUCAUACUCGAGAGAAAUCCUACAAAUGUGAAGAAUGUGGCAAAGCUUUUUACAGAUCCUCACACCUUACUACACAUAAAAGAAUUCAUACUGGAGAGAAACCCUACAAAUGUGAAGAAUGUGGCAAAGCCUUUAGGGUACUCUCAAUCCUAACUAAUCAUAAGGUAAUUCAUACGGGAGAGAAACCCUACAAAUGUGAAGAAUGUGGCAAAGCCUUUAACCGGUCCCCAAAACUUACUGCCCACAAGGUAAUUCAUACUGGAGAGAAACCCUACAAAUGUGAAGAAUGUGGCAAAGCCUUUAGGGUACUCUCAAUCCUUACUAGACAUAAGAGAAUUCAUGGUGAGAGAAAACCCUACAAAUGUGAAGAAUGUGGCAAAGAUUUUAAACAGUACUCACACCUUACUACACAUAAGAGUAUUCAUACUGGAGAGAAACCCUACAAAUGUGAAGAAUGUGGCAAAGCCUUUAGGGUACUCUCAAUACUUACUAGACAUAAAAUAAUUCACAGUGGAGAAAAACCUUACAAAUGUGAAGAAUGUGGCAAAGCUUUUAACAGGUACUCACACCUUACUAUACAUAAGAGAAUUCACACUGGAGAGAAAUCAUAAAAUGUGAAGAAUGGCAAAGCUGUUAACUGAUACUCACCCCUAGUACACAUAAGGCAAUUCAUGUUGGAGAGAAAUCCUACAAAUGUGAAGACUGUGACAAAGGUUUCCAUUGAUUCUCAUACCUUAAGAUUAUUCAUACUGGAGAGAAAUUCUACAAAUGUGAAGAAUGUGGAAAAGGCUUUAUUGGUCCUCCACCCUUACUAAACAUAAAAUAAUUCAUACCAGAGAGAAAUCAUAUAAAUAUCAAGAAUGUGAUAAAGUUUUAACCACUGCUCAACCCUGACCACUAAGAUAAUUCAUGCUGGAGGGAAGUCCUACACGUCUCAAAGCUUUUUAUUGAUUCUCAUGCCUUACUAAACAUAAAAUAAUUCAUAUAGGAGAGCAAUCAUACAAAUGUAUAGAAUGUGGCAAAGCUUUUAACAAAUUCUCAUCUAUUACUAAACAUAAUUUAUACUGAAGAGGAAAACCUAUAAAUGUGAGGAAUGCGGCAAAGCUUUUAACCAGUGCCCCAAACUUACUGCACAUAAGAUAAUUUAUACUGGAGAGAAGCCCUACACAUGUAAAAAAAAAAUGUGGCAAAGCUUUUAACCAAUCUUCAACCCUUACUACACAUGAUAAUUCAUGCUGGAGGGAAACCCUACAAAUGUGAAGAAUGUGGCAAAGGUUUUAACUAAUCCUCAAAUCUUACUAAACACAGGAUAACUCAUACUGGAGAAAAAUCUUACAAAUGUGGCGAAUGUGGUAAAACCUUUAUCCAGUCCUCAACUCCUACUAAACAUAAUUCAUACUGGAGAGAAAACUUACAAAUGUGAACAGUGUGGCAAAG